GAGGAGGCAAAGAGGUGGCUCUCUCUCUCUCCCUCUCUCUCUCUCUCUUUUUUCUUUUAAGGAGUUUGCUGCGAGCGCGUCCCCUCCAUUCGGCCCGGCGCGCUCGGCGGAGGAGGAGGAGGAGCGGGAGGCAGGCGCUCGGGGACCCGCGGCGCACGCUCCUCGCCGUCCCGCCGUUCGCAGAGGCGCGGAGAGCCCGCGGAGCCAUGGGCGCCGGCAGCUCCACGGAGCAGCGGAGCCCGGAGCCGCCGGAGGCGGGCAGCGGGGCGCCGGCCGAGCCCCAGCCCCAGCCCGGCGGCCCGGUGCUGGCGGAGGCGGCGGAGGCGGCGGCGGCGGGAGCCCCGGGGGACCCCGGCAUCGCGGCCGCGGACCCCGCCGCCAAGCUCCUCCAGAAGAAUGGUCAGCUGUCCACCCUCAACGGCUUAGCUGAACAAGAAGAGCUCACUGCCCAGGAGGGGGCCCUGAACGGCCAGGAGGCGGAAGUCAUUGUCCCAGAGAUUGGACAGAGAGAGUCCGAAGAUGAGAGAGAGUCAGACAAGGAGAUGGCUGCCAACUCCUCGGCGGUCCAGGACAUCGCAAAGGAUGGGCAGGAGGAGAUGCCGGAAAUAAUUGAGCAGGUCCCUUCUUCGGAGAGCAACUUAGAAGAGCUAACACAGCCUGCCGAGUUGGCCCAGACCAAUGACGUCGGGUUUAAGAAGGUGUUUAAGUUUGUCGGCUUUAAAUUCACUGUGAAGAAGGAUAAGAGCGAGAAGUCCGACCCGGCCCAGCUGCUCACUGUCCGGAAAGAGGGAGGCGAAGGAGCCGGAGAGUCGGAGGGGGCCGGUGACCACCAGGAGCCCAACCUGGAAGCCGGGGAAGCAACACACAAGGAAAGUGAGCUGAAACAGUCCGCAGAGAAACCCGAGGACACCCCGAAACCCGAGGACACCCCGAAACCCCCCGAGCAGAGCAGCUCGAACAUCUCUCUCCAAGCCGAGUCCGGUCAAGUGGCCGGGGAAGGCAGAGAUGGGGAAGAAAAACAAGACAAAGAGCCAGCCAAAUCUCCAGACUCUCCCACUAGCCCGGUGGCCAGUGAAACGGCGUCGCCCUUCAAAAAAUUCUUCACCCAGGGCUGGGCCGGCUGGCGAAAGAAGACCAGCUUCCGGAAGCCCCGGGACGAUGAGCUGGACGCUCCGGAGAAGAAGAAGGAGCCAGAGCCAGACCGAGGAGACGCGGAGGAAAAGGAGAAGACGGACGACGCCUCCGGGAAGCCGGCUGCUCCCGAACAACCACAGCCGCGGGAGGCCAGACUGUCGGCCGAGUACGAGAAGGUGGAGCUGCCCGCUGAGGGUCCCGGGCAGGCCUCCCCCGAGGAGCGAUGCGCCCCGUUAGCCACAGAAGUGUUUGACGAGAAGGUGGAGAUCGUGGCCGAGGUCCACGUGAGCACGGCGGAGCGGGCCGAGGAGCAGAAAGCGGAGGUGGGAGACCCAGAGGGGCCCCCGCCGUCGGAAAAGCUGGCCGAAACCAAUGCUGAGCCUCAGGAAGCUGGACCUCCACCAGGGGGUGCGCCUGGGGGGGACCCCAUCCAGCCCCUCCAGCCCCCCGAAGCAAGUCCCGAUGAUGACGAGAAGGCGCCGCCUGCCCAGCCCGAGGGCGUGGUGAGCGAGGCGGAGAUGCUGGCCUCGCAGGAGAGGGUGAAGGCGCAGGGGAGCCCCCUGAAGAAGCUCUUCACCAGCUCCGGCCUGAAGAAGCUCUCCGGGAAGAAGCAGAAAGCGAAGAGGGGGGUUGACGAGGAGUCGGGGGACCAGCCGGCGGCCCAGGCCGACUCCCCGGACAGCCCCGAGGAGCAGAAGGGCGAGAGCUCGGCGUCCUCCCCCGAGGAGCCCGAGGAGAUCACCUGCCUGGAUAGGGGCGUCGCGGAGGCGCCCCCCCAGGAGGGGGAGGCCGUGGAAGAGGGCGCCGCUUCCGACGGAGAGAAGAAGCGAGAGGGCGUGACCCCCUGGGCGUCUUUCAAGAAGAUGGUGACGCCCAAGAAGCGGGCGCGGAGGCCCUCCGAGAGCGACAAGGAGGAGGAGCCGGAGAAGGUGAAGAGCGCCACGUUGUCCUCCACGGAGAGCGCGGCCUCCGAGGCGCCGGAGGAGGGCAAGGGCCCCGGGGACGAGCCCAAGCCCGAGGAGCCCAGGCGCAAGGUGGACACCUCCGUGUCCUGGGAGGCGCUGAUCUGCGUGGGGUCGUCCAAGAAGAGAGCGAGGAAAGCGUCCUCUUCCGACGAGGAGGAGGGACCCAAGCCCACGGCGGCGGUGGCGGUGGCGGCGGCGGGAGAAGGCCCAAGGCCGGACGACGCAGGGAAAGACCGAGAGGCCGGGCCAGACGCCGUCCCCGCCGGCUCCCAGGAGCCUGACCCGGGGCCGGGGAGCUCCUCGCCCGAGCAGGCGGGCAGCCCGUCCGAAGGGGAGGGCGGCGUCUCCACCUGGGAGUCCUUCAAGCGGCUGGUCACCCCGAGGAAGAAGCCCAAGUCCAAGCCGGAGGAGAAGACCGAGGACGCCGGAGCGGGGGCCGGCGCAGAGCACUCGGCCGCGGAGGGGGAGCCCGGGAAGGAGGAGUCCUGGGUCUCCAUCAAGAAGUUCAUCCCCGGACGGAGGAAGAAGAGGUCGGAUGGCAAACAAGACCAAGCCGCCGCCGAAGGGCCCGCCGAGGCCCACGAGGAGGACUCGGACGUGCCGGCCGUGGUCCCGCUGGCCGAGUACGACGCGGUGGAGAGGGAGAAGCGGGAGGCGCAGGAGGCCGAGCAGAAGGGGGCCGUCUCCGUGUCCGAGGAGCUCAGCAAGAGCCUGGUCCACACCGUGACCGUGACCGUCGUCGAUGGGGCCAGGGCCGUGUCCGACAUCGAAGAGAGGUCGCCUUCCUGGAUCUCCGCGUCGGCGAUGACGACAGGGCCCGUGGACCGAGCCGAAGAGGAAGCCGGGCCACCCAUGGCGGGGGGGCUGGAGAGAGAGGUCAGGGCGGAGGAGACCCCCAUGGUCAUCCCAGCCCCGCCUGAGGGCCGAUGUGCUGGGGAGGACGCCAGGGCCGGUGAGGACACCAGAGCCGGUGAGGACACCAGAGCCGGUGAGGACACCGUGGCCAGUGAGGACACCAGAGCCGGUGAGGACACCAGAGCCGGUAAGGACACCGUGGCCCGUGAGGACACCGUGGCCCAUGAGGACGCUGUGGCCCGUGAGGACGCCGUGGUCCAUGAGGUGGAACUGACUGCCGAGGCCGUGACCGCUGCAGAACCCACGGACGCAACCGAGGCGUCCGGCGCCGAGGAGACCGCCGACAUGGUUUCGGCCGUCUCCCAGCUGAGCGAGUCCCCAGACACCACGGAGGAGGCCACGCCAGUUCAGGAGGCGGAGGGCGGGGAGCCCGACGUGGAGGGUCAGGAGCGGCGGACCCAGGAGGUCCUGCAGGCGGUGGCAGAAAGGGUUCAAAAAGCGUCACAGCUUGAUGUCCGGGGCCCGGGGGCCACGCGGAAGGUGGAAUCCCAGCUGCCAGAGGUGGCAGAGGCCGAAGAGGAUCCUCCCGCGGAAGAGGCGGGCGUGGCUGUGCAGGGACACGCAGGAGAAACGAAGGCUGAGGAUCUGCCACAGGGGAAGGUCCCUGGACAGGCCGCCCCAGAACACGCCGAAGAAGUCCCUCAAGUCCCCGAGAACAUCACGUCCAGCGAGCUCAUAACCCCCCGCCAUGCCGAAACCCUGGCUGGGGUGAAAUCAGAGAUGAUGGUCCUGGAACAGGCUGUUGGCCCGGACUCGGCUGAAACCCUCACCGACAGCGAGGCCAGUGGGAGCACCCCCGUGGCCGACUGUGAAGCUGGCCAUUGCUCACAGCAAGACACGGCCACGGAAGUCCACGCAGAGGGGGAAGGCGCAUCCGGUACGAAGCCGCGGGUCGGGGAGGCCCAGGCAGUUCCUCCGCUGAGAGAGACGCCCCCAGCACCCUCGGGGCUCCAAUCCCAGGAAGACAAGAAAGAACACUCAGAAACCGAAGAGGGUUUAGAACCUGGAGAGGCACCGGUGGAGACGGUGCCCGUUCUCUCAAAGGCGGAGGCGACUCAAGAGGCCGGCCAGUUUGCUGAUGAGGCAUCCGAAGACGCACCCUCGGUGGGAGGACUUGACGCGUCUGCGGACGCAGACAUGACAGCGAGCCAGAAAAAGACCGCCGAAGUCGCCCUUAAAGAUGAAGUGACUGAAGAAGCUGAUGGUCCAAAGAAUGAAAAGACUGAAUUCCAGAGUCCUGCUCAGGCUCCUGCAGCCCCGGGGGAGAGAGAGAUGGCAGUGCAAGUGGAAAGGGAGGAAACGGAAGCCAAGGCGGCCCAUGGAAGUGAAGAGGAACGUGAGCCCAAACCGGUGCACCUGCUCAGCAGCCAGCUGGUCCAGUCAGUCCAGGUGACCGUCAUCGACGGGGAGAAGGAAGUUAACCGUUUUGAAGAAAGCUCUGCUUGGCUAGUUCAAGGGCAAGCGCUCUGCACAGACAUCCAAGUUCAGAGCCCGGUGGCGGCUCUACCUCUCGCAGCUGUGUCUGUGGAGGAGCAGGUCUUAGGAGAAACCGUCCAGCUUUUCGAGGCAGCUACGCCUUGGGAGUCUGCAGAGGCACGCGUGGAGCUCAGCAAGAGCCUGGUCCACACCGUGACCGUGGCAGAGCCCUCUGACGGAGAAGGCGCUGUCGGUCAGCCAGGGGGAGGCGCAGCACCCACGGGCCCCGAGGCUCAGGCAGAGUCGGCCCCGGUCCCCGCACCCGCCACCCCGGCAGAAGGCGUCAGUGCCGACCCGGAGGGAGACAAAACCACCUCCCGGGGAGGGAAGUCCAAAGAAGAAGACAGCGAGCAGGUUAGCGGUCAGGGAGUCAGCGUGAGCGAGACGGGAGAGGAAAGUUUAAAGGCCGAAGAGGAGAUUUUGCAACUUCAGACGGAGAGCCAGAAACUCGUGCAAAACGUCAUCGAGACGGCCGUGGGCCAGUUAGUAAGCACCGGAGACACGGCCCCCGACGGCCAGCCCCCGGCCCCGCUGAUGGAGGCUGACCAGCAGGAAGCCGAGCAGAGAAUCGAAAAAGAAGAAGGGGAACCUCAGAGCCCGGCAGAGGCUGAAGCGGCCCGAGAGCAGUCUGCACUGACCACCGUGGGCCAGAGUCCCUCCGACAUUCCCAAAGGCUCGGACGCGGCUGCAGAGGAGGCCACGGCCGCGGCCUCGGGGGUCCAAGGCUCCCCUGUCGAUGCCCAGCAGCGUGAAGAGCUCGUCCACCCCGCCCAGGACAAGAGAGAAGCCACCGGAACCAGGUCUGAGCCGGAAUUCGGUGAUCGAGCCCACGGCUUGGGAGAGAGAACAGAGAACGAAGCCCAAGAAAAGGAGAGACGUGACGCCGUCGAUUACCCCGAGAACCAGAUCUCAGCCCUGGUAGACCCUGAGGCCUCGGGAGACUUAACCAAAGAGUCCCCGGAUGCCAACGGACCAAAGCUAAAAGAGAAGGAGGUGGGGUUUCAGGAAGGAAAAGGGCAGAGCGCGCCCGAAAAAGAGAUCAAAACACAGACUCCGGAGGAGACACAGGAACAAGAGAGGCAGCCAGCCACGCCGGAACUUGCAGAGUCCUAAAAUGCCACUUACACGAGUGCCCUUGCAAGACCAGAAUGUGAAAGACAAGUGGUAGAAGAAAACGAAUGCUGCUGAUGACACCCAAGACCAAGAUUUCAGAACUGUGAGAUCCGAAGAACAGGCCCGCCAACCGAUCUCGUCCCCAGAGAACCCCGACAAUCCUGAGGCUGCAUCGGGAGCUAGAACCAGUUCCUCCUCACCGCCUGUCGCAUCCCCUCGAUGCCGUAUCGUGUUUCUCAUCCGAGGUCCUGAAUUCUUCCCCCGGGGAACUGGCGUUGGCAAUACCUGGUUCCACCUUCUCAAACUGGAGUAUCAUUCUUGAUGUAUUUAUAUGUGUCUUAAGUAAUCCUCCUCCUGUAUCUAUUGUAUAUUUUUUUUUUCUUACUGUUUAAGGAGAUGGUGCGGUGGAGUACGUUUCUGAUGUAUCCCAGUCUGUGAUGGGCAUGGGCCAUCGUGUCCCCUCGGCAGCUCUGAGCCUCCCGGAGGACCUGUGAAAACAGCUUCCCAGCAUUACAUUCCUGAGCAGACGCUACCUGCUCUCUUUCAAACUCCCUAGGGACCAGGCCCGCAUUUAGUAUUACUCUGAAGCCAGUCACCUUCCUAUUGUGCACCGUGUGCUAAGCAUGAAAAGCAUCCUUUGGGCGGGAGCAUAUAGAAGGUUCUGUGGUUACUGUGAAGUUUUUGUGGAGGGUGGAAGUAUUUUGGGUUGGUUUUUUUUUCAGUAGUGGAUUAACUUCCAGUCCUUCUCCUAAUUGUUAUGGUGGUUUGGACAGAUGUGGGCUUAAAUCCCGAGGCAAAGUAGUGACAUAGUUUUUCAUACUCUUAAAAAAAAAAAAGGAUUGGCUUUAAGUUUUGGGUUCUGCUCUUACAUGCUAGAUCACGUUUCCGCCCAGCAUGAAGCACGUCAGGCUCCUUACAGGGGCAUUUUGGUAGAUGCUGGGUUGUGUCGGUGCCAUAUUUGUGCCCACUCUUUCAGAACCACGUUGCAUUAUGUUCCUUGGGAUAAACUGUGAUUUGACAACUGAUUUAAACAAAAGCUUUGCUUCCCUUAGAUUUGCUGGUUUUACUAGAGGCUAGGAAUGCUGAGACCUGUGUCUCCCGCCUUCUACAAGCAGAAGAAGCUAGAACGUUCUAAUGUAGUUGCUGUGUGAUGUGACCACUUUAUACCGGUUUGAGUUCGUGUUCAGAGGAAGUUGUGGCAGAUAGGCAUCUGCCAAAAUAAGCCAGGAGCUUUUCAGAUGGACGGAACUGGUACAAUGCUACCAUCUGGUGGCAUCUUCCUGAAAAGGUCGAUUUUCUGCAUUACUUUUUGUUCACGAUCAGUGUUUCUAGAAAGCAAUUUUAAGAAGGCUUAGUUGUAAAAUUGCCUCGCCUAACAGGCGAUCUUGUUUUUGUUUUUUUUUAAAUGUUAAGAAUGAUUUCUGAUUCUUGUAAAGGAUUCCUUCAAACAGUUGCCACACUAAGAAUAGUUAUCUGCCCUAAAAUUCCACUUUCCCGCAGGUAAACUGGCCUGGCAUAUACACUUUUAAAAUUUUACUCAAACUCGGUACUCCCACUUUGAGAACUUAAUUGUAAUGGCCAAUUGAUUUUAAAGGAUAACAUUCUAGAAAGACUAGAAUAGCUUUUUAGCAGAAAGAAUAUUUGCUUUUAGAACUGAAGAGUAGUUGCUCUGAUACCCACACACCUGACUACAAUAAAACACCGGCUGUAGUAGCUCUGAUAGCAGCAUGCCAGACUACAAUAAAACAUGGGUUCGAGUGCCGUGGUCGGCAAACUGCGGCUCCGUUGACGAAUGAGUUUGCCGACCACUGACCUAGACUCUCUAUUUCAAUAAUUACAGGCUGUUGCUUAUGAUUAAGCCCCCAUCCCAGUGGUGAGCAAACUCAUUAGUCAACAGAGCCGCAGUUUGCCGACCACUGUUCUAGUGUACGGCCUUGUAGCUGGAAAGCACUGGCUGGCCUUUUUGGAAUUACUCUCAUGUAUAAUAGCCACCUGUGCUUAAUUGUUAAAUUUUAAAAUUUCCAAAUUGAAAAAAAGGAACCUGUGAUCUAAAUCAGUGGUCGCCAACCCGUGGUUCAAGGACCAUUGGUGGUCUGAAAGGUUGGCGACCACUAAUCUAAAUAGUUUCUCUGGCCAACUUGGGACUUUUUUUUUAAGUGCUAGUGUCAAAUUUAGAAACAUCACUGAUUAGAGAGAAUCAUUGAUCAGCUGUCUCCUGCAUGCCCCCUACUGGGGAUCGAGCCCACAACUUGGGCAUAUGCCCUGAGAGAAUCGAACCAUGACCUCCUGCUUCAUAAGUUAACGCUCAACCACUGAGCCACACUGGCCAGGCGCUAGUGUCAGUUUUUGAAGAUCAACCAAAAAGUAUUGGAGAUGACAGCAGUUUGGAAGGAGUUCAAUGAUAGCUUCGCUAUUGACUCAACUUCCUCUCUCUGGCAGGAAGAAAGUGCUAUUUUGAGCAGAUUAAAGAUUUGUGUCGUUUGUGGUAAACAGAUUUCCUUUUUUUUUUUUUUUUUUGGUUUAAAUUCCAUCCCACUACUUCAUCCCAUGUACUGACAUAUGGCCAAGCAGGUCAUCACAACUGGUUUUCUUCAUGACUCUGCUUCUCCUACUAACAUCUGGAUGGGCCCUGACUACUUCUGUACAAGCUCUGUACCUCUGUCUGUUAAGCAACAUCGUUUUACUGUAACGAGGAAUGCCAUUAACAAAAGUGUGAAAUACAGUUCUGUGUUAUAAUUCUAAAGCUGCCGUUACUUUAUGACGUUCAUAGUAGUAACCGUGUAAACUGCAGAAAUUGGAGCAAGUGCCUAAAUUUUGCUAUUUUUGGCAUUACUAAUGGAACCAUGUACAACAGAAAGCAAUGCAAGACUUGUAAUCUCUCUCCACUUCUUGUAAUUGAAGACUGUAAAAUGUGCCCCUAAAGGUUAUUUUCUUAAUGGUUCACACAACUUGUCUCUCUCUCUGUACGCGUAUACUUUGUUCCAGAAAUUUCCUUUGCUGUUUGGAGCUACAGAUAGUUAAGGGCUGAAAAUGUUAGCUUUCAGUGUAAGCUUCAAGCCUAGCAGUUUUCUUUAACCGAAGAUAAUAUUUGAGUCUUAGUUCUGUUUGGGGCAAAUUUUCAUUUAUCUAAAUAAAAUGCAACCUAAUGAAA